AUGGGGGGGAAGACUUCGCCGGAUCAGGAGCUGGACGAUUCCGACGCCGAGUUCGUGGAGGUUGACCCAUCGGGGCGCUACGGGCGGGUCUGUCUCCGAACAUUGGCCUCUGCUACUGUUGUGCUCUUGUGCAGGACGAGCACAUCCGUCCACGUUUGAAUCGCCGUCGCGUGGGUUUUUCCGAGUUUUUGAUUGCUGGGAUUCUUCUGCGGAGCGGCGCGUGAUUUGAUCGCUUACAUUCGUUAAAUCGUUCCUCUGUGUGAGUGAUUGGAGGAGGCCUCUCCUCCUUGAUUUUGCUGAAUUUUUUUCCUAAUGUUACGGCUGCUUUUUCCUGCAGUAUCGGGAGGUCCUCGGCAAGGGCGCUUUCAAGACGGUGUAUCCUUGCAGGCUGUGAAUUGCUGAUGAAUGAUGCGAUGAAAUCGAUUUCGCUUGAUCCAUUGUUGUCGUUUACUUUUCUUCCAUUGAUGUUCGUUCAUAGUUUUGGAUCCCUUGAUGGAAUUUGGACUGUCUCAGAUACAGGGGAUUUGAUGAAUUGGAAGGAAUAGAAGUUGCUUGGAACCAGGUGAAAGUCUCCGAUCUCCUCCACAACUCAGAAGACUUGGAGCGCCUCUAUUCUGAGGUCCACCUGCUCAAGACCCUCAAACACAAGAACAUCAUCAAGUUCUACAACUCCUGGGUCGACACCAAGCGAGGGAACAUCAAUUUCAUCACAGAGAUCUUCACCUCCGGCACCUUGCGCCAGUAAUGCACCAACUCAACCCCCCGUCCUUCUUCCUCCUCUGUUCUCUCCGCUUUCACGCUUUCAUCUCCCUUUUCUGCAGAAUCUGUAUUAUCAUGGUGAUCCGUUUGAUUGACGUCGAAUCCCUCGGCAUUGGGAUUCUGGAUCCUUCUUCCAGGUACCGGAAGAAACACAAGCACGUUGAUCUGAGGGCGCUGAAGAACUGGUCGAGGCAGAUCCUAUACGGCCUUCACUACCUCCAUAGCCACGAUCCGCCCGUCAUCCACAGAGAUCUGAAGUGCGACAAUAUCUUCGUCAAUGGCAAUCAAGGCGAGGUGAAAAUCGGCGACCUAGGGUUAGCCGCCAUCCUCCGCCAUGCCCACUCAGCUCACAGCGUGAUUGGUGCGUACGCUCCUCAAUCUUUGGCCUCAGAUUAGACUCCAUCCAGUUCAUAAAGACGGAAAACACUAGCGGACCUCAGGCUUCUAGCCAUUAACUUGCAGGCACGCCAGAGUUCAUGGCUCCAGAGCUCUACGAGGAAGACUACAACGAGCUCGUUGAUAUCUACGCCUUCGGCAUGUGCUUGUUGGAGCUGGUGACGCUCGAGUAUCCUUACAUGGAAUGCACCAAUGCAGCUCAGAUAUACAAGAAAGUGACUGCCGUAUGUUCCGUUUGGGUUUUCUCCAUUGUUGGCGUUGUUCUGCUCAGUAGCUCAUCAUCUCCUGAAACUCGAUAGCUGUGACUACAUGGCUUCUCCUAUGGUCAAUUAGAGCAUAUAUCUGGGUACAAAUUAGGAAUGGGUACAGAUCUUCAGUAAUGUCUCUUCCCAAAAUCUGGAAAUUUGACUGUCGUGCAAAGCCGUCAAAGGUCAUUUUUUUUUGGUGAAUUGAAUGCAUCAUCUGAGGAGAUGGUGGUCCUUUUGGCGCCUCUAUCUUGAUUUCUGUACGGCGAGAUACACCCAAGAUCAUGCUAAAGAUAACAAAAGGAAAUAUAUGGGCAGGUCACAAAUCCUUGGGAUUCCUCAGUUCAUUACAGUCCUGAAUUUCAUAAGAUUCAGUUGCCUGGAGUUUUCGUUGAUCGGGCAGUUCUUUGAUUAUCUUUUAUUAAUCGGGUAGUCUUUAUAGAAAUCAAGAGUAUGCUGUAGAUUAUUUUUCAGAUAUCCGAUGACUAAAACUAUAAUUGAAGGAGUUGUAUGCAAUUCUUACUCAAUGUUUCCACCUUGCUCAGUGUUUGAUGUGAAUCGCUUAGGAAUCACGAUGGCAUACUUGUCAGGGAUAUGAAGAUCCAUCGCUGAAAAACCUUCAGAAGAUGAUCAUCAGAUUGCUUCCUGAACCGUACGGAUCAGCGAAUUCUAGCUCAUUUCAUCGGUCCACAAACCAUAAGGGUACCGUGGGGAUGCCAACAAUAUUACCGCAUUUGUGACGAAAUCUCAGUCUGUUUCAUCCCGACCAGAGUUCUGAGUAGAAAUCAUGCUAGGGCUAUCUUCGAUGGUGCUCUCCUCUGGUUGUUCACAGUCUCUGCCUCUAAUCCCCGGAAAUGCCGCCGACAUUGCCCGGAUCACGACAUGGAUUGUACCAUUAGGGUUUUGGAGUUGCAGCCCGGGAGAAGAGGUUCUUCAUGAUCUCAUCUUCCUUUUGUUUCUUUCAGGGUAUCAAGCCGGCAUCGCUGGGGAAGGUGGAAAUCCCCGAGGUGAGGAGGUUCAUAGAGAAGUGCAUCGCCAGCGCAUCAGAGAGGCUCCCCGCCGGAGAUCUCCUCAGUGACCCUUUCCUUCGAUCCGAUGGGGAAGAUGAGAGGGCGACGGGGGAGUUCGAGCUCGACUCCGAUCUCAUUGGUACAGAUCAAACCAUAACUGGAUCGCUCCUUCUUCUUUAUCGUUGGAUGUUCUUAUGGAACUCGAGAGGUCCCUCCGCAGAUGACCACUGCCGGGAACCAGGAAGCUCCGUUCGGGAUUUCAUGGUCCAGGGCCAGAGGAAGGACAUCAACACCAUCUUCCUGAAGCUCCGCAUCAGCGACUCCACUGGUUUGUGGCUCUUCUCCGCCGAAUCGGCCCUGGUUCUUCAAUGGCGAUGACGGUUUUCUCUCCUUUCUGGCAGGUCAUCCGAGGAACAUCCACUUCCCCUUCGACAUCGAGGCCGACACCUCGAUCAGCGUUGCCAGCGAGAUGGUGGAGGAGCUGGACCUGACGCACCAGGAUGUCACCGCCAUUGCCGCCAUGAUCGACGCCGAGAUUCAGUCCCAUGUGCCAGAGUGGGUGCCGGGAGAGGUCGAGGGGGAGAGCUGCAGCAAUUCCCCGGCGGCGCUCGACGACUCCGAGGCCGGUAGCGAUGACGGAGUGGCCGAGCUACCGCCGCCGGCGCCGGCAGCGGAGGCCGAUCACCACGUAGGGCAUCUCGUCCUGGAACGGCUCCCUUCCGGCCGGAAGUACUGGUCGGACUCUCCGAGAAGCCACGGCGGCAGGCAGGACCGGUCGGACUCCUUCGAGAUGAAUCAUCGGGAGAUCGCCAAUCGGCAGGAAUCUUCUUCCCCUUCCGGCUCCCCCAACACGGAGGAGGUUUCUCCCCGGCUUGCAAACGGCAGCGGUCCUCUGAACAAUGCCGGCGAGGGAGAUAGCUCACGUCCAUCGAAGAAUGAACCAGAUAAUGCGAAGGUUCUCAGGAGGAGGCUGGAAGAUCUGCUGCUCGAGCAGGAGAAGGAGAUCGAGGAGCUGAAGAAGAAGCACAAGCGGGCCGUGGCGGACGUGCUGAAGGAAUUCCCUGCGGAGCUCCGCGGCGUAACGUUGGGCAUCCGUGGGCUGAAUCUCCAAGGAUGCGAGAUCCGUGACGAGGUGGAGCCGAAUCUUCGCCCUCAUUCCUAG